UAUACGUCACUAUAGAAACCGCUACGUUACACCCGACAAGGGGAGGACGCUUCUAGUCAGAAACCGGAAGUAAGCGAAGCAGAAAACAUUAGCCGUUCAGUAGUUUUGCGGGUUACUGUUAACUACGGCAAAGUACAAUUUGAAGUUGAAAACUUCGACAUGGGAACUACGGCGAGUCAACUUUCGAAAGAGUCGCUCUCAGAAUAUCAGGAGCUGACCUUCCUGACAAAACAAGAAAUUCUUCUUGCUCACAAGAGAUUCACAGAACUGCUUGAGAAACAUGAAAAAGAACAAAUAGAUGCCAGAGUACCAAUAGGCAGGAUUAUUACUCUGCCUGAGCUCAAGUCCAACCCCUUCAAGGAAAGAAUCUGCCAGGUGUUCUCAACCUCUGAACAAAAAGAUGGAAGCCUCACUUUUGAGGACUUCCUGGAUCUUCUGAGUGCCUUCAGCGACUCUGCUACUCUGGAAAUCAAAUCCCACUAUGCAUUCCGCAUAUUUGACUUUGAUGAUGAUGGAACCCUUGACUGUGCUGAUCUGGAGAAGCUGGUUAACUGCUUAACUGGUGAGACAAACGAUGCAAAACUUUCCUCCACGGAAAUGAAGCAGCUCAUCAGCAACAUUCUUGAAGAGUCAGACAUCGACAAGGACGGAACUGUGAACCUCUCAGAGUUUCAGCACGUCAUUUCAAGGUCACCAGAUUUUGUCAGUUCCUUCAAGAUUGUGCUCUGAAGACUUCCAGUGGACCUUGGAGAUGCAUGCACCUUUUUAAUUUUAGUGUAUAAUUUUAAAUCAGAACAAUUUUAAUUACUUGCCUUAAAUUAUAUUUACCUGUGGAUUUUGCUGCCUUAACUGUUUUAUGUAAUUUGUCAAAUAUAAACCCUUUUUAAACAUCUGUUUGAAGAAAAAAUAAAAGUUUCACCAAAAA